GGCAGGGCCAGAUAUUUUCGAUUUUAAUAUCAUACAUACACAAUGGGUUGUUCAGGCAGAGUCAAGGUGGAUGAUCUCCGCCCGGAACAGAAAUGGGACUUCAUCGUACGUUCAUCCUCAUCCUCAUCCCACGACUACAACAGAAUGCUAAUUGGUGGCAGAGUCUCAAUGAUUUCAAAUCUAGUUCUUGUCUUAACAUCUUCGCAUACGGAUACCUCUGGGUCAGUUUGUUGAUCUCGGUUGCAGUUUAUGGAGUCGAUACCUUCACAGCCGUCAAUCUUCUUGCGUUCGACAAAUGGUCUGGAGAAUUCAAACCAGUUGUCGCAUUUGAUGUACAAAAAUGGAUCUUCGCUGGUUGCAUCAUAGCUUCAUGGGUCAAUCUUGGGUUCGAACAUCUUCGCGCUACUCGAGUUAUCAGAAGAGGUGCGGUCGCGGAGAGUUUUCUGGAUUCAUUGGCCGUCAGAAUUCAGAGCGUCCGAAUUGGAAAAGGACGUGGAUGGAGACGAUUUUUGGUCUUUGCAGAAUUGACCAAGUCGAAGAAGGGUGCAGAAUAUGUGGCUCUCUUUACCUAUUUCGCCUUCCAAUCUUGGAUUCGAAUCAUCUUCUGCCAAGGUCCUCGACAGGUUCUCAAUGCCCUGACCCUCUAUUCCGUCUUCAAGCUGAACCUCAACAACACCGACACAAGCAAUGUGGGAACAACUUUGGCCACCUUCUUUCAAAACAUUGCCAAAUUGGCUGAAGAGGAUCAUCAACAAGCUGUCAUUUUGUCUGGUAUGGUCUUCACAUUGGUCAUUUGGGUAUUCGGUGCUUUGUCCCUCCUUUUGGCUAUGCUUUUCUACGUCCUCUUCCUCUGGCACUACAUCCCCAAUGCCGACGGCGGUCUUUCUGGAUAUUGUGAGCGCAAGGUUAAUCGUCGUUUGGCAAAGAUCGUCAGCGUUAAAGUCAACAAGGCAAUUGAGGAUGAAGAAAGAAAGAGACUCAAAGCAGAUGCCAAGGCACUCAAGAAUGGAGAAAAGCCAUCUGGACGCCAAGCUACACUACCAACUCUAUUCGAUGCCAAGUCCGACGACAAGCUUCCUCAGAUGCCAAUGUUGAACAGAAACGAUACCAUGGCUACCCUCCCUCUUUAUUCCAGCAGACCAGGAACGCCGAGUGGUCAACCAACACUUCCAGGUUUCGAGCUCAACUCCUUGGAUCAGAAGCGUCCAUUCCCAAAUCGUUCCGUCACAGGAUCCUCGGCUACCAGUUACGCUUCCAAUGCUCCUCUCAUAGGCAAUGCAUCUGACAUGGCAUAUGGUCGUUCUGCUUCUCCCGCUCCAUCUCUACCUCCACUCGACACAAGCGCAUACCCCGCUCAACCUCAACGUACUCUCACUUCCAACUCAAAUGCCAGCAACUUUAGCCGUGGUCCCCUUGGCGGUCCUCCAAGAAUGCCAAGUGCUAUGGGUGAUCGUGGAUAUACUGCCAGUCCAGUUUCUUAUUCAAGUCCUUCCUCGGCUACUGGUAACUCUCCCGGCGUUGACAACUAUGGCCGUCCAAUGCCCAGAGCAGUCGAUGAGCUGAGAUCAAAUACACCAUCUGGUCCUGCACCAAGCAUGGGACGACGCACACCAUUCGACCAAGGCUUCGAAGGCCCACGAGCUGAUAAUUAUGGAAGAAGCUCCCCAGCUCCUAGCAGAGGUCCUGGCGGCUCUCAAGGAUCGAUUGACGGAUACGGUCGUGCUUCCCCAGCUCCCAGCCGUGGUCCUAACAGUCCAAUGAAUCCAGGCGGAUAUCAACCCUAUAAUCCCAAUAUGAGAAGUGCAUCUUCUGCUUCUCCUGCUCCUUCAAAUCCCAACUUUCCUUCCGAUAAUCGUGGUCCACCUCAACAGUACCGAAAUAUGACCGAUCCUGGCCCACGGGGUCCACCUCAAGACGGCAACUACUUUGGUGGAGCGGCCGCACCUCCGAUGCCAAGACCAGGCACUGCACAGAGCCAAGGUUCGCGUCUGGCACCACAGAACUUUGGUAACAACAUCAACCGACUUGCUAGCCCGGCGCCUUAUAACGCUGGUGGAACCCAAUCUCCUAGCUUUGGUGGCCCAAGUACUCCUCCAAUGGGAGGUCCUAUGUACAGAAGAUAGAUGAUGAUGGAUGGUGGACUUAUACACGGUAUAUGGAGGAGAAAUUCUUGAUUUCAUGACAUGACGAACGUUCAGCGCGCAGGUGGAUAAUUUU